AUGCUGCCGCGAUACAUCACCGCCGUGGCUGUCGCCGCACAAAUCGCACAAUGCAAUCCUCUCGAAGCGCAUGUCGGCGUCAAAGUGAAGGAUUUCCCGAGGGGAUUCCGCACAUGCGUCUUCUACGACGACUUCUCCGAAGGCAAGGACUCCCUCCCCGACCCUGCAAAAUGGACCAUCGACCUGGGCACGCAGUAUUCCCCCAAUGGUCCUGCGCAAUGGGGAACCGGCGAGAUACAGACCUACACGGACAACCAUGAAAACAUCCACAUCACGCCUCAUCAGACGCUGAAGAUCACGCCCCGCCGCGAUAAACACGGAAACUGGACGUCGUCGCGGAUAGAAACCACUGCCGAGUGGGACUUUUCCUGCCAAAAAGGCGAGCGUGUCCGCGUAGAAGCGAGGAUCAAGCUCGGCGGCAACCCUAAGAACCAGUCGCUGGGCAUGUGGCCAGCCUUCUGGGCCCUCGGGUCAGAGUACCGUGGUAAUUACUGGAACUGGCCAGCGGUAGGGGAGAUUGAUAUUCUCGAGUCGGUGAACGGGGAACGCAAGCUGUGGAACGUGGUGCACUGUGGUACGAAUCCUGGGGGCGUGUGCAAUGAGCCCGUUGGGAUAGGGCAUGUCACGGAGCCGUUUGAGAAGGGUGUCUGGCACACGCUUGCGUGGGAGGCGCACAGGGCGUUUGGAAAGAGGCAGGAGAGCAUGAGUUGGUAUCUGGAUGGGCGUAGGACGUGGACGCUGUGGAAGAGGGAUGUUGGUGAUGAGGCGGCGUGGGAGGCUAUGGCGGGCGCUGGGAAGAUGUUGUUGCUGAAUGUUGCUGUGGGGGGAGGGUUUCCGAAUGGUGUUGCGGGGAUUACGACGCCGACGAAGGAUACGCUUGAUGGGGAGGGCGCGAGUAUGGAGGUUGAUUAUGUGGCUGUUUAUAAGAAGGAGAGGUGGUGA